AUUAUGUGACGUCAUUAUGGCCUGGUUGGGUUAGGUUUGCUUGGAAAUUUUUGUUUUAAAUCUUGUAUUUUAAUAUAAUAGAUGUUGUGCUACUUAUUUUAGAUUAGUAAUAUAAAUACCUCAUAUAGUAGCGAUAAUUCUAGUGCCAAGAUUUGUUUGUCUCGGCGACGUUUUCUGGCGAAAAUGAAUCGCCAUGAAGGAGUCAGCUGUGAUUCUUGUUUGAAAAAUAACUUUAGAGGACGACGAUACAAAUGUUUGAUUUGCAUCGAUUAUGACUUGUGUGCUGCCUGCUAUGAGUCUGGCGCCACCACAAAUCAACAUACAACAGAACAUCCAAUGCAAUGCAUACUUUCUAGGAGCGAUUUUGAUCUCUACUACGGCGGAGAGACAUUAGCAUUGGAGCAACCUCAAGCCUAUACAUGUCCAUUUUGCAAUCGUAUGGGAUUCACAGACACAGGGCUUAUGGAACAUGUCACCUCAGACCACUCAGACACAACUUUAGCAGUAGUGUGUCCAGUGUGUGCAUCAAUGCCAGGUGGGGAACCCAACUUUGUAACAGAUGACUUUGCGGGACAUCUCACACUUGAACACCGGAGUGGACCUAGGGAUCUUAUAUCUUUUCUCGAUGAGCCAAGUGGCAUCAGACACGGCGGUGUUCGCCGCAUGCCGCCCUCGGGCCGUGGGGUGAGCCGUCCACGACGUACCAACAUGCAAUUUAGUAGCGGCGGUAUAUCGUCCCUGUCGCCGUCGUCGCGCGACGCGGUCGUGGACCCGAUAGCGGAGCUGCUGUCGCAGCUGUCGGGCGUGCGGCGCGGCGCCGGCCAGCCCAACACGCCCAGCCAGCUGCAGCAGUUGCAGAUGCAGCUGCAGCUCGAGCGGCAGCAGGCCACUGCGGCUCGACAGCAACUAGAGCGGCUGCCGCGGCGGCCUACGGCGGCGUCAUCGAGCGCAAGCAGCGCCGCGCAGCCCGCCGCGCAGCCUGCAGCCGCGCAACCGCACACCAGCGACGCGGCUGACUCGCAGUUCCUGCUCGCCGGCUUCCUUGGAGCGACGGAGGGCGCGGAGACGGCUGAGACGGAAUGUCGCGCGGCGCUGCUCCGCGGGCUGCUGCUGGCGUCGCUGGGCCGCGCGCCGCCCGCGCCGCAGCCGCCCGCGCCCGCGCCGCCGCCGCCCGACAGCGCGCCCGCGCCCGCGCCGCCGCGCACGCACCCCGCGCCCGCGCAACCGGCGCAACCCGCGCCCGCGCACCCCGCGCAGCCCGCGCCCGCUCCCGCCCCGCCCCUGCCGCGCGCUAAACCCGCACCACGCACCAAGGUAACAAUCGCAGUAUAA